CCCGUGCCGGCUGCAGGGCCGAAUGAGAAGCGGUCGCGCCGCGGGUGUAGGAGAGAGGAGGGCGCCCGGGCGCCACGAGAGUAUGACGGGGCUGUACGAGCUGGUGUGGCGGGUGCUGCACGCUCUGCUCUGCCUGCACCGCACGCUCACCUCCUGGCUCCGUGUUCGGUUCGGCACCUGGAACUGGAUCUGGCGGCGCUGCUGUCGGGCCGCCUCCGCCGCGGUCCUAGCGCCGCUCGGCUUCACGCUCCCCAAGCUCCUGGCUGUCGGCAGGAACGGCAGGAACCGCCGUCACCACCGGCAUCCGCGCGGGGGGCAGACCCCGGCCACCGCCCACCCGCGUCUACGCUGGCGCGCGGACGGCCGUUCCCUGGAGAAGCUGCCUGUGCACAUGGGCCUGGUAAUCACCGAGGAGGAGCAGGAGCCCAGCUUCUCGGACAUCGCAAGCCUCGUGGUGUGGUGUAUGGCCGUGGGCAUUUCUUACAUUAGCGUCUACGACCACCAAGGUAUUUUCAAAAGAAAUAAUUCCAGAUUGAUGGAUGAAAUUUUAAAACAACAGCAGGAACUCCUGGGCUUAGAUUGUUCCAAAUACUCACCAGAGUUUGCAAAUAGUAAUGUCAAAGAUGAUCAAGUUUUAAAUUGCCAAUCAGCAGUGAAGGUGCUGUCCCCAGAAGAUGGAAAAGCAGAUAUUGUGAGAGCUGCUCAAGACUUCUGCCAGUUAGUAGCUCAGCAGCAAAAGAAAUGCACAGAUUUGGAUGUAGAUAUGUUAGACAGUUUACUUAGUUCAAAUGGUUUCCCUGAUCCUGAUUUAGUAUUGAAGUUUGGUCCUGUGGACAGCACACUAGGCUUUCUUCCCUGGCACAUCAGGUUGACUGAGAUUGUCUCUUUGCCUUCCCACCUGAACAUCAGUUAUGAGGACUUUUUCUCUGCCCUUUGUCAAUAUGCAGCCUGUGAACAGCGUCUGGGAAAGUAGUGAUCCCUGGUUGUGUAAUUUGAUUUCAGGCUUUUGGAGAAAAGGACUCAAGUGACUCUGAUGUUUACAAAGCACCUAUGAAACCCUGUACACACCUAGUUCAUAAUCCUCAUAAUUUAUCAACAAACACAAAAAAGUGUCUUACUUGAGAGUAAGAGUACAUGUGAGUGAGCGUGAGUGUGUGUGUGAGUGUGU